CCUGUCCUCCCUUUCAGAUACUCUCGCUAAGAAACGCGUCGACUUACCUCUGUAGUUUUGCAUAACGUACUUGGCGACAGAAGAUAAAUGGUCUCGAUGUCCUCCAUGGUAUCUGAAGGGAAGCCGCGAGGGACACACCCAGGGAAAGGAGAAGCUGCCAAGUGAAUUUGGAAUACCAAACUAUCACCAGGACCACCAGCCUGUCCUUCGUCGAUGUCGCGCAACCAGCGCCGCCGCCGCCUUGUUAUUCCCUCAAGCGUUUUUACUGAAAUCGCUCGGUAUCUGCAUCCUGAUGUCACUGAAGGAGGGCAAGCGGCUCUCGCAUCCAUGACUCUGGUUUCACGAAAAGUUCAUAAAGCCAUGGAUAGAGAACUCUACGUGGCACCUCGUUUGACCAGCAUCAUGCAGUGGGUCCUGUUUUUGGAGACGCUCAGGCGCACAGGAGAUCCGUACAUUAUGCGUAGGGUGCGCCGUCUAUAUCUAACAAGCCCAACAUCUGGCUUUCGAUAUCGGUACGCGACACGGGAUGCGGCAUUUGUUCCCAUCGCUACAGAUGUCCUGAGCGGCUGCACCAAUGUCAAGCACCUUACUGUCACAUACCAUCCUCGACUUAUGCCCAUUAUUGACGCGUCCAGGGAGCUUAACAACAUCAGUAGUCUGUGCGUCAUCGGGUCGACACUUUUUGACGAAGCGUUUUUCGGCCAGAAUGCUCUUGCAGACAUAUUCCUCAACCCUGCCCAUCCGUCCUCCUUUCCUUCAGUCACCUCGCUGACUAUUGUCAAAUGUUCGUACGUUCCAGGAUCCUACGAUCCCCUGGUCACCAAUGGUCACCACAAUCACCACCUCCAGAGCCUUCGUAUCAUCGAUGCGGAACUGUGCCAGUCAACCUUCACUUUUCUUCUGCAGCCGUGCCUAGCCACGCUGACGACACUGGUUCUAAGAUUCGCUGGACAACCAGGUCAUCAUAUCAACGGGAGGACAUUUAAAGAGCAGCUACAGUCACUCACACUACUGCGACAUCUCACCAUCAUCGGAUGGAAUGAAGGUCGUCAUCCCUAUGAGUGGGCCAAAGGCUUGAUGGAUGAUGUCGUCGGCCAUCUCCCACACCUUGACACACUCUCUUUUGGUGGUCAUCUUGCUACACCCCAUCUUUUCACUGUCAUGGCACAACCCGCCAGAUUGUGGAAACGGCUCAGUGUUCACGAACCCGCCCUCAUUACCCCCCUCCAACUGUUACCUCUUGGGUCCCUGCAGAUUGAGACAGUCGAGGUUAAGUGGUGCACCAGGCAGAUUCCAGAGUGGGACGAAACCAAAGCAGCGAUCAAAACUUUGUUGUAUCCCACCAUCGUACGCGACAGGGACCUCAUCAAUGACGCCGAUUAUUAAUUAAAGUGUAGAAAAAUUCUGGGCAUGCGCUCGCGGUGUUCGGUCUGAGUCAUAACUUGACCGCUUCGAGCAGUCUCACACCACUUGCUGUCAGUGUUAAUGGACUGUAAAAUGAAAAUUCUGUCUUUGUCAUCUUCGAUGAGUCUCGAUCAACGGCUCUUUCGUAUAAAGGUUGUAACUUGAGGUUUUCAUUCUUCUUCACAAACUAUCAUAUAUCUUUCAUCAUGAGCUUACCUGCUAGGAAAAUUGGUGACGCCCUCGUCAACCCUAUCGGCUUUGGCACUAUGGUUCUCGCCGCUGCGUAUGGUGUCGUAGGAUCUGACGAGGAGCGCUU